AUGGAUCCUGACCAGUUUUCAGGAGGUCAAGGGGAUAUGCAGACCUCGGGUAACGAGAUCCAGACGGCCCUGACUGCACCGGUGCUGGCGCAGCAAGCGCAGCAAGUGCAGCAAGGGGCCCUGAGUUUUGAGGCGGAACAGGAGCUCUUAGCGCAUGAGAUCAAGUCCAUCUUUGAGAGCGGCAACGCCAGUUGUCGGAAAAUCCUGAACUGUUGCCUGGGUUCUCUGGCCACGGUCAGCGAGCAGCUGUGGAGCCAUGUCAAGGCCUUUGCGCACAACUACCACGUGCGCGAGCUCUUGGACUCUACGCCUCGGAUGUUGGAGCGGCACUACACCUUCUACAACCUCUGGGAUCGCAUGAAGCGUGCAGGAUCUAUGCAGGUCUUUGCUGCAGAUUGCUACUUCGGCGUCGUGGCGAUGUUGCUGAACGCUCUGCCUGCCAUUGAGUUUGAGGAUGGCCUCACCGUGGCUCAGGAGAUCUUCCUCACUGCCAUGGAGAUGUUGGAGCGCAACAACGAGACUCAAGCUGCCAAUUGGACCAUUCCUCGUGAACCGCUCGAGCUCCAGAUGCCGCUCUUCCUGGGACUUUUGCCUAACAACUGCGCAGGCUCGAAGUUGCGCAUCUAUGUCUAUGAGACAGGGUCUUUCUCUGUGGGUUCCAUCUUCUGUUCGGCCGGGCAGUCUCCCUGGCGAGAAUGGGCACGAGAGGUCUUCGUGGAUUUCAUUGAGGGCAUAGGAUGCCAAGACUGCUCUCAGCUGCUGGAUCAAGAAACUGAGAUGCAAUUCACCCUGUCCAGCAACAUCUUCGGCUGUGCUGACAUCGACGUGCUGUUGCCCUCGCUGCACUGGCUCUACGAGUCCCGACGUUUCCACGACGAAGCGCCGUCAUCGUCGCUGCCAGGGCUGCUGGUGGAUGGUGGCGCAAAUGUGGGCCGCGCUACAGCGCGGUGGAUCUCCAGCUUCGGGGACAGUUUCAGUCGUCAGAUCUCCUCGAAUCCCUCCGUGGCGCCCUGCGUGGUCUGCAACGGCCAAAGUGCCUCCCAGAAGCAGAUCCCAGGCCUUGCCCCCACGCCCAACGUGGCGGUGGUGGCAGUGGAGCCAAGUGACAGCAACUUCCAAUUGCUGCUGCGGCAUAGCAAGGAACAUGGAUGGGAACAUGAAGCCUUCCUGCCACUGAAGGCAGCGUUGGGUGGUGCCCGUGGUUUGGGGCACCUGGCGGUGAGCGACUUUGCCAUCGACGAAGUCGCCACCUUGCUGUGGGAGGAGAACGAUCCAAGGAGGAAACAGGAGGUGGAGGUGAUCACCCUGGCGGAAGUGGUCCAGGCGGCCCAAAAGGCCUUCCCGGACCUUGCUGGGAACGACAAGAUCUUCCUCUUGAAGCUGGACAUUGAAGGCCUCGAGCCUGCGGUCCUGCGGUCUUUAGGGCAAGGUCCACCCGUGAAGUUUGUGAGCUUUGAGUAUGCUGGAAACGUUUGGAAGGAUCGACUGUCUCCUGUGCUGCAGGACCUCUACGCUGCAGGAUAUUUCUGCUUCCUGAUCACCUCGGAACAGCUCUUCCCGGUCUCGGGGCCCUUUUGGAGCAACAUCUACGAGCUGCCCAUGUGGAGCAACUUCUUCUGUGGCCAGGAAGGUGACUCCGACUUGGAAUCCCUGGUCCAGCUGCAUGUGGGCGCCAUCGGUCUGUGGCCGCGCAUGGCCCACAGCUAUCUGCCGGAGCUGGCAGAGGAUGAUACGCAGAGGAGUUUCUUGGAGGCCCAGCACCGCUGCACCGACCUCGGCGCCGCCUGCGCCGGCAUCACCUGCGAGGCGAGCGCGGCCUCGUCGAAGGUGGCGCCGACGAAGUGCACGGCGCGGCGUGGGGCGCGGGGCGGGGUGAGGAGAUCGCCCAGGGAAGAGGUGAGUUACGUGAAGGAGGUGUCCUAUAGCAACCUUUAUCUCAGAUAUAUGCGUGAAAAGGAUCACCAAAGGACGUGA